ACCCGCAGCAGCUUCCCCUGUCGCGAGUGGAGUCGGCGGCGUGCAUUGGACCCAGAUCUGGGAGCGUGUGCAGUAAAUAGAGGACAUCGCGACUCGCACGACCGGGGUUUUAUGUUCGAUUAUGGAUUUGGACGAGCGCUUUAAGAAGGUGACCAUUUCUCACGAGUGGGGGGCCGGGGCCCCCUGUUCCGCGUGCAAAGAUCGCUGCCCCGGCCUGGAGCUCCAUUACUGGAGGAGAGUUUGCGUCAACUGCAAAUGCAGCCCGGAGCAGCACCUCGUGGAGUGGGAGCAGGCGGGGCAGCAGCAGCAGCUCCAGCAGGAGGAUUUGAAGGAGGGCAGCACGACCCCAGAGGGCCUCGCGGGGGCCCAGAGGUCGGGGUCGCCCCUGUGUGACGGGGCCGUGGGUCACUGUCUACUGCCAUCGUCGUCAUCGUCACCGCAGUCGAUGAAACUCCGCGACGUCAAUGGCGAUGGUGGCAAGGCUCCCCCACCUCCUCCUCCACCUCCUCCCGUCCCUGCUCCUUCUUCUCCUCCUCUGGUACCGGCGCAGAACGGAAAGCGAGGAGUGGCGGAGAGGGAGCAGCGGGCGGCGGUGAAGCACGCAGCUGGACAGGUCAGGCCCUCGCCUCACCAGGUGACCGAGGCGCCUGGGGGAGAUCCGCACGUGAACGACCGCGGGCCCCGAGACGAGGCGACGCUCAGCAUGGCCGACUGCGUCCCGCACUGGGCUCCCGUGGGGGCCAACGGGGGGCCCUUGGGGAAACCCCCAAGGGGACCCCCAGGGGCGCGGACCCCUCCACCCGAGACGCACGCGGAGGCCAGUUCCUUGAGCGGAGAUGCUAGCGCUGCCGAGGGGCUGACUCUCUACGUGUGCUGGGGGUGCGGGGGCACCCUGCAGGAGGGCGAGCGUGCCGUCAGUGCCGGCAGUGCCGUCAGUGCCGGCGGGGAGGACGCGCGACGCAUGUGGCACGUCCGCUGCUUCGUGUGCUCCACGUGCCGCGAGCCGCUCGCCAGCCUCCUCUACUACUGGGACAACGGCUCGCUCUUCUGCCACCUGCAUUACCAGACCGGGGCCCAGGACAUCCACCCUGCCGAAGAGGGGCAGGGGACGGGCGCCGAGGCACCGCCCGUGUGCGCGCGGUGCAAUGAGCCGAUUGUGAGCUGCGAGUACACGCGUGCCGAGGGACGCUGCUGGCACUUGGACCACUUCUGCUGCCUGGAGUGCGGGGUGCAGCUGGCGGGGCAGACCUACGUGGCCGAGACAGAGCAGCCCGUCUGCCUGCAGUGCUACCGGAGCUCCUACGCCAAGAGCUGCGAGGGCUGCGGUGGCGUCAUCGACGCGGAGGAGGAGCGCGUGGCGCACGGCCCCCGUCAGUGGCACGCGCGUCCCUCCUGCUUCCGCUGCUCUGGUUGCAGCUGCGCCCUGGUGCAGCGGCGCUUCAUCCCGGCCGGCACGCGGCUCUACUGCUCGCUGGGCUGCCGCGACGGCGUCCCCGGGGAGGGAUAGCGAGCUGGGAUGCUGCUGGGGUGGGGGGGAUAGGAGGCCGUGAGGUGGCGGAGCGCCCUGGAGAGGUAGACAGCGCGUGGCAGCCAGCUGGAAGAUUUUUCAUCAUCAUAGUUUGAAAACGUAUCAUAUUGUAUUGUGUGCGGUCAUUGGUGAUGAGGCUGAGACCAUCAGCUGAGACCAUCAACUGAGACCCUAGCAUUGAGAACCUGGUUUAAACAGAUCUCAGUCUGUGUGAGUAUGUCGGUCUCCGUGAGUCUGUGGGUCUCUAGGCUAGUCAUUGGUGACAUAGCUGAUAUCAUCAACUCGCUACACUUGAGGUCCCGAUUUUAUUUCAGUCGGUUGUGAAACCUGGAUUCGAACCGAAGAUAAAUGCGGAGCCAACUCAGAGUUUUCGGGAUGGCCAUUAUGAACCCCCUGAGCCAACCGGCCACCUCAACACAGUGGUACAGGCAGCACGUCCUUCAUAGGCCACUUACAGCCUCACCAACACCACCAUCACCACCACCAUCUGCUCCACAGAGUCAUUGAAACUUACCCUCUCCAGCACCUACGCAUACCGAGCUAUGCUAUAUAUUUUUAACUGUGUAAUACAUAAAUAAUGCAUGUAUCAUGCAGUCACUUUGUACCACUAGUUUAAACUAAUCACAACAAAUAAACGUACUUGUAUAAUAAUAAUAAACAAAAUGUCGUUAUUGUUUUCCAUCUCCCGGCGCGGCAAGUGAAACAAUGAGUGGUGGGUGGCACGGACUGCAGCACGGACAACCAAGGCAGACCAUGAUGAUGAUGAUGCACACCAUGAUGCAGCUGAUGAUGAUGCUGAUGAUGCUGAUGAUG